AAUGACAAUGAUUGCCCAUGCUUCUCCUUUGUCAGCCUUUCUGUGGAAAAUAUAUGACUCUAAUGGAUUUAUGAUGAAAUGGUUAUAAUAAGCCAUAGCUUUUGGUCAAUAUCCUCUGCCGUCCGAAAUGAAUGAGCCCGUACAAUGUUCAUAUAGCUCAUUCUCUAUAAGCACUGUAGACUACGUGUGAUACAUUGGGGAUAUUAGCUACUUCGCAAAUAUACUUCAUUCAUUUAGUUACCACGGAUCAUUAGCCCUACAUAAAAGCUGUAUUGGAUACCAUGCGACUAGCUACAGUUAUAUCCACAAUUAAGCUAGUGAUCGCCCUAUAACAAACCUAUUUUCGUGAUUAUCAACAAACAUGGCGGAAAAUCCGGAGGAACUGAGGGAAUUCAUCGAGAAGAAUCCAUCGAAACUGAACGACUAUCUUCCUCGAGUCUUAGAAUGUAUUAAGAAGGAUGACGAUGGCGAGUUCAUCAAAGAGUUGAAAUAUGCACUGCGGGAUGAGAUGAUGGAUGCGGCCAAGGCGGCGAAAAAUAAGCACGAACAAAUGAUGGCUGACAUAUGCGUGGAAUGCAUGAAGAAGAAGACAGAGUUGUAUCUGGCCAGGGCCAAGGAUAUAUUUAACGAGAAAAAUGUGAUCAAAUGGAAGGGCCACGAGGGUGCCAUAGAAAGGAUUCUCCAAGACUUUGCACAACCCAUUCCUUGGGUACCUACAGAUCGCGAGAAGAGAGACAUGGAGUCGGGCGAGGAGAAGAACCUGUCCUGGUGGGAAUCGGGUAAACAUCUCAAGAGAACCAUUGAGGAGAUGAUAGAAGCAUUCAGUCGAGACAAAGUUCUGAAGAAGGUUGCUGGGUCCUUCCUUACCCUUCUGAAGGCGUGUCUUGAUAGUGCGUCAGAUAUGCACGUCGUGGUGGCUCUUGGGAUAGUGGAAACAACUGAAAUGACGUGGGAGGGAACUGAAAAACAGAUACCAGGUGUUUUUGAGGCUUUUUGUACAUGGCUUCGCCGUGAUGACACUGACUUUGAAGGGAAUCUUGAUCUCAGGUACCUAGCUAAUGGUGUCAUAGACUGGGAUAUCUUAGAAAAUGCAGGAAAAUCGAGCCAGGAGCCUUUAAAGAAAAUCAUGCAAUAUUGUAUAGAGCAAGAACUUGAAGGAGAUGAGCAGCCUGCAGGUCUAUCGGUUCACGGGAAUAUCCUUCGAAAAAUAGUUUCAGGAUUCAUCAUAAAGAAAAAGGACAAAGUCAAGGCAUAUCAGGAUCUCAUGCCAUUCGUUGUAAAACUUCUCAGUUGCGACGUCACAGGGCUAGAACAAGUGGCGGCAAACGCCAUUGGACAAUCGGAAAUCUAUGAUAACGGAGAGCUUCUGGCGCCAUUUGGGGACGCCAUAGCUGAUGCCUUCUUGGACAGCAAGUUCGAGGGCUCUUCCGGUGGUUUGGCUCUCAACAGCUUCUUUCGAUUUAACCCGGAAGUUGUUCUCUCACGAAUUGACCGCAUUGUUGUACUCCUCGAAGAUAUGGGAAGUGACGACAAAAGGAGACUGUAUAUGCUACUCGACGAUGUCAGUAAACAGAAACCGAAGGUUUUAGUACCUCAUAUCGACCUGAUGUUCGAGGAUGUCUGCAACGCUUCUCUGGUACACUUCUGCUUCAUGACCUUGGCCAACAUAUCCCUAAAACACGCUGAGCACUUCGUCAAGCAUAUAGACAGGUGUCUUAAAGCCUGGAAGCAGAACCCAAAUGAAGCUGCUUCCGCUUGUAGAGUCAUCGCAAGUGUCGGCCGUCUCAAUGAGAAAGAGGCAGCUAGAUGUUUGAAGAUCCUGUUCACCAAACUAAAGAGCAUUGAUGCUAUGUGGACCGGUGUGGUGCUCAUGGAAGUCAAGAGGGUAGCCAGAGACCACAAGGAAUGCUUAGCGGUCUACAAACCGAACAUUGAGAAGCUUAGGACGUGCCAACAGAUCGGGGUUCCAGAUCUGGUCCAGGACUUGAUCAAUUUUCUAGAAGGCAGAAGCCUUCUAGUACUCAGUGAAGACGUUGCUGAGCAAAGAGAAGACAUCGACAAUUUGGACAAUAGGGUAACCAACACUGAGAAUGAUGUCUCAAGAAUCGAUGAGACAGUGGCCCAACAAGCUGAAGAUAUCGAGAAUGUGAAGAGCGACGUCAACGACCAGGGCCAAAGACUUGAUGAGUUGGAAGAAGUCGUGGACGAGACGGUCGAGAAAGUGGAAGAGAUUGACCACAAGACCAUUACUAACGCUCCUAAAUGGUCAAGGGACGUUUCGAAGCUGUUAAACCCCGAGCAUGAGCACGAUUGGAGGUUCUUGGCCGUCCGUCUCGGCUACUCCGGUGAAGACAUCCGCAACUGGGCUCUGUCACCCGACCCUACCAUGGCCAUCCUGGCAGAAUGGUAUACCACUCACAAGAGCAGUGAUGCCACCUACGCCAUACUUAGUGCCUUGGAGGACAUGGGCAGGACCGAUGCGGCAGAAAUCAUCACGCAGUCACUAGAGGAAGCAGAAAUGCUGGUGCCACAAGCACCAUCAGACGACUUUGAGAAGCCCCCGACAGUAUUCUUAAGCUACCAGUGGGACCACCAACCGGAAGUGAAGGCCAUCCGCAAGCACCUAGAGAUGGCCGGGUUUCCUUGUUGGAUGGACAUUGGUCAGAUGGGUGGAGGAGAUCAGUUAUUCGCCAAGAUCAGCCAGGGCAUGAGGUCAUCCAAAGUGGUACUCUGUAUGGUGACAGAGAAAUACUCCAACUCCGAGAACUGUAACAAAGAGGUGAAUCUUGCCAAUCUGCUGAACAAGCCAAUCAUUCCCGUCCUCAUUGACCAAACCAGAUGGCCGCCAGAGGGCGCCAUGAGCAUGCUUUUCGCACAGCUACUUUACAUUCAAUUCUUCAACGACAAGGAAUACGUGAGGGGAGAAAAGUUCUGGGACGAUGCAAAGUUCUCAGAACUUCUGGGCCAGAUAUCAUACCAUGCCACCCCGGAUGAAAGCAUGGUUUCCGACGAGUACCGAGACUGGAUUCCUCAAGUAGAAGACACUCCACUCACCGUGAAGAAGGUAUCAGAUGAAACAGGGAACACGACGGCGCUGCAACAGAACACAGCAGUAACGGAAUCUUCGGAGCAUCCAUCGGUGUUCAUCUCAUACCAGUGGGGCAAGCAACCCGAGAUCAAGAGACUGUUCUCACGUCUCAGUGGUUUAGGCUACCACUGUUGGUUAGAUAUCAAUCAAAUGGGUGGUGGGGAUCCACUCUAUUCCAAGAUUGACAAGGGAGUCAGGAAUGCUAAGGUAUUAAUAUCCAUGAUCACCAUAUCAAAAAAAUUAGCAAAAUGUCCCCCCCCCCAAUAAUAAUAAUGUGCACUAUUAUCUAUAGUUGAACCAUAAAGGGUUUCAUCUCUAACCUGAGAUAGUAUCGAAUGAUUAUAUCACAGUUAAGUAUGCGAUGUUUGUUAAAACAUCCUGAAUAUAAUUAACUCUCAUCUUCAGGUAACUCUGGUUGGUAUUUAUGAGAGAGGUGUGGCUUGGCUUCCAGUGUUCUCUACGGUCUGGGGAAUUUUUGGAAAAUGCUGAGGCUUGCUGUUUGGUCGAAUGUCUGCCGACAUUUUCAUUUUGGCAAAGUCCUUCACAGGCUGUCUUCUUAACUUGGUGAUUACAUAGAUCAUCCGGACUAAAUGAUUGAUUGAUUGAUUUUAUCCCCCCCCCCCCC